AUGUCUUGGCAAAAAUCCUUACUCCGAGAUUUUGAUCCCUCUUUGAAAGAAAACUCGUCUGAGGCUCCACCUGCAGACUGGAUCAUAAAAGUAUCUAGAUACUACUUGGCCAUUCUAAUGCCUUGUCGAUUGAGCUUGCGGCUGCCAAUGCAGCUGCCCUCACUAUUCCAAUUCACAUCACCGCCGCCGUUCCUCCUCCCAGUUUUACAGCACCAGACCAGACACGCAUCCGUCCUCGCGCAGUUGUCAGAUAAUGCGACAGCGUACAACAAACGGAUAAGACGUGGUCGAGGUCCUUCGUCUGGAAAGGGUAAGACCUCCGGGCGUGGCCAUAAAGGUCAAAAGCAGCAUGGAAGUGUUCCCGCAGGUUUCAAUGGCGGGCAGACCAAAGAUGAGAUUGUGCAUGGUGAACAUGGAUUUAAAAACAUCUUCUCCCUCGACAUCUCCAAAGUCAACCUCGACCGCAUCCAACAAUGGAUCGACCAAGGCCGCCUCGACCCUUCCCGCCCCAUCACAGUCCGCGAGCUUGCGAAGUCCCGCUGUAUCCACGGCGUCAAGGACGGCGUCAAACUUCUUGCCCGUGGCGGCAAAGAAACACUCAAACAACCCGUCCAAAUCGUCGUCUCCCGCGCCUCUACCACGGCGAUUGAGGCUGUCGAAGCCGUCGGCGGCUCCAUCACGACCCGCUACUACACACGCCACGCCAUCAAGCGGAUCCUGUCCGGCAAGACGGACCCAUUCGUCUCGCUCGCGUGGCUCAAUGCAGGCGAGAAUCUGACGAUUGGGAUGGGGAUUGAUAAGCCCCGUGUCAAGGGUGAUGGGUUCUCGUAUCGGUUGCCGGACCCGACAAACCGCAAGGAUAUUGAGUAUUAUCGUGAUCCGGCUCAUAGGGGGUAUUUGAGUUAUCUUGUGCAGAAAGGGGAAACGCCGAGUUUGUUCUUCAGUGCACCCGGCAAGGCACAGAAGAAGGGUAAGGAGGGUAUGCCUUCUAGUGACAAUAGAUUGUGGUAGAGAAGGAAGGUAGAAUGGUGACACAGACUUGUUCCUCCUUUCCUACUCUAUUAUCUAUAUUGGUGCUUUUGAAUGCUACCCGGAAUCCCGAGGGAGAAAUAUUUGUUUCUUCUUCCCGCGUUUUAUGUAGCUAUAUGAGUCUGUUUUAUCUUGUUUGGAUAUUAUUGUAUAUUAGAGAGACAAAUUCCCUCGUGGUCUGUUUAAAUUAACUAUAUUUUGAUCAGGG